UAUAUACUGUGCUUAUAGUGUGUCGCACUUGUGCGAGUUGUGCACGAUUGUCAGUGAUCGCACGAUGUGAUUUGAUUUUAACUUAUCGAGUCUCGAAAGUAUCCGAUGCGAUAAAAAUUACUCGUGUAACCCGUUAAUUGAACGUCGCGCAUCGUUGCGCAAAUCUCGCGUUGAAGCCGGCGUUACUCUUGGCAGCCUUCGUCAAUUAUGACAUUGUCAGAUUCGUCGUAGUCAAGAGUGGCGAGCAAUGACGAGUGAAUUUGCAUAACAAAUUAAUUCCGCAUACCCGAUGUUACUUCCACUGCGUAGGCCACAUUAAUUAUCGCGACAGUAUCAUCGACAGAGCACUGCCGUUCGAGCCGGCUCAGAAAUCUUUUCUCCCUCCCAGAAUAUCUCACCGAUUAGCAUAGAGUAUACAUAAAGUGAACAUCCGGGAAGUGUGACCCCAAAGACCUAGUGAUCGAAUCCGACGACCAGGUAUUUUUUACAGUUCGGUUGUUCUCGUCAGCAGCUGUGCAAACGAGGAAUCGAUAUGGAUCAGGUCUACAUAGACAGAGAGACUGGUGAGGAUCUGAUUCACUCGUUUUACGAUUGUGAUAUUUGUCGUGCGAUCGAUUCCAUGACGGUAAACGAUGCGGAAACUGGAGAGCCAGAAAUUAGCCUUGCGGAUCACGCGACGAUCGGAUGUCAUCUUAGGAAAGUGCCAUUUCAGAUACCAAAAGAAGUAAAGGAAAAGACGUCCAAGAAACGCUAUAUGGAACUGGAGCCAGUUCCAACGGGCGCUUCUUUCGGUCAGAUCAAUCCCGUCUGUUUGUUUUUACCAGCAAUCAUCUACUUCCGUUGGUUCCUUGCUCUGUUGAUGCUCUUCGAGGUUAUUCUGCACGUGUGGGCGCAUCACAAGAACAAGACCCUGAAAAAUGCUAACGUGUACUUUCGCUCGCCGUUUCAUGAUAUCUCCGCCGAAUUCUGCGCUCUUUGUCAGAACGAAACGUGCAUGAAUCGCGUCGGAAAGAUGCAUCAAAUUCGAAUGCACAAGUUUCUGCGGCAGUGCAACUACAUGAAAAGAGUUGUAACGUGAUUGGAGCAAAACGAGCGCGAUUUCCAGCAAUAUCUAUCGAGAACUAUAGUGUAAUUUCAAAACGAUGACAAUAAUUGUAAUUCGUUAUUUUGAACUUGCCUAAAGUUGUUUUAUGUGAAAUAGCUAUUAUAUUUUAUAUACCCUAGUUAUAUAUAUAUAUAUAUAUAUAUAUAUAUAUAUUUUGUUGCAUAUUAUAUAUAAUGUUAUAUGUAUUAUGGCUGUUAUAUUUGUAUUCUUUAUGGUGAUAUUUGUCGACGAGCAAAAAAUCUAUUUUUGUGUUAAAUUUUAUAUCUUCUAUAUAAUAUAGGUAUAUAUGUAUAUAAAAGUCGAGAGAAAUUGUUGCAUGUAUUUCCUUGAAAAACCCAUAUAAAACAAUCGAGAACAUAA